GGCGAGCGGCGGGACAUGUGAGGGCACAUCCCGCGAGCUGCCGCCCAGCGCUCAGGCAGAGCCCAGGGGAGUGAGCGAGUGCGGCGCGAGCGAGCGGGAGGCCGGGCUCAGGGGCCGGGGAGCCGCGGGGACACCGGGCAAAGGCGGGGCCGGGCAGGCUCGAACCGUGCGGAGGAGUUGGCGUGGGCUGAAGCGGAGCGGCGGGCGCUGAGCUGUUGGGGCGCAUCAGCAGGCACCGCCGAGGCAGCGGUUCCCGGAGGACCGAGCUGCAGAGGCACCGGGCAGUCGGGGCGCAGGUGGGCCGGGCGCGCAGCCAGCCAGCCCCGCGCGCCAGAAUCCGGCGCUGCAGAGCCCACCGCAGCCUACAGCUUUCCCGGGACCUCGGGGCGCCCAUGACGGCGGCGGCGGCGACCGUGCUCAAGGAGGGCGUUCUGGAGAAGCGCAGCGGCGGGCUGCUGCAGCUGUGGAAGCGGAAGCGCUGUGUGCUCACCGAACGCGGGCUGCAGCUCUUCGAGGCCAGGGGCACGGGCGGCCGGCCCAAGGAGCUCAGCUUCGCUCGCAUCAAGGCCGUGGAGUGCGUGGAGAGCACCGGGCGCCACAUCUACUUCACGCUCGUGACCGAGGGCGGCGGCGAGAUCGACUUCCGCUGCCCUGUCGAGGACCCCGGCUGGAACGCCCAGAUCACCCUGGGCCUGGUCAAGUUCAAGAACCAGCAGGCCAUCCAGACAGUGCGGGCCCGGCAGAGCCUCGGGACCGGGACCCUCGUGUCCUAAAUCGCCAGUGUACCAUCUUGUCAUGUCCCUCAUCACCCCGUGUCCAGAGAUCAUGCCAGCUUCCCUGCCCCUUUGACUCUCAUCCAUUUGGUGAGGCAGACAUGUGGAGGAGGCGUCGGAGCUGAAAGAAUGGACUGGGCCAGGGGAGGAAGACGGAAGGCCGUGCAGGGCUGAAGAUGAAGAAUCAGCGCCUGGCCUCUCGGACUCUCAGGACAUACCCAGCUCAGGGCCUUCUAGCCACAGGCCUGGCCUUAUGUAUCAUGAUGGAGAGCUGGUUUCAAAGCCCCUCUCCCGGGAGCCCUGCCAUCUGUUCUCCAGAAUGCUUUUAACCCCCAGGCUUAUGUGCCAGGCCUGGAGGAGGGCAGUUCCCCGUGGGGUGCUAAGCCAACACCUCGGGACUCAGGAGGCAGCCGGGCAUGGGAGGAGGAACCGCCUUGAGGCCUGCACCUGGGGGUCUUUUGCUGCUUAGGUCUUUUUGGGACCCCUACCCAUCCAGGCCCUCUCUUUGCACACUUCUUUCCCCACCUCCUGCCUGUCCUCCCCUCACUGUGGUGCUGGGCCUGGAGGGAGUGGGGCUGGGGAAGGGCUUUAGCCCUUACCAUUUCAUGCCUAUCUCAGAAUGAAGAUGCCCCGCAAAGGGCAGUGACCAGAUUGUUUGCUGAGUGAAAUUUUUUGCCCACAAAGAUCCAGGGCUUGGAGCAUCUUCUCUCCCCACCUGCAUCCCCACUAUUUCCUAAUUCACAGCCCACUCCAAAAUCUCCAGCCUGGUUAGAGGCACUGCAACCCCAGUAGGCACAGCCUCAGUGUCCUAGGAAGAGGGGUCAUCGGUCCUGGACUGAGGGAUGUCACAGUGGCCAACUGGGUCCCCUAUGGGUGCCUCUUGCACAGAAGGAUUCCCUGCCCCUUGAGUCCUGGGAGGUGGUUUAGCUUUCUGGGCAGAGCUUGUCUCUCUGCCAUUUAUAUACUCAGGCUUUUUACAUUUAUACAGUAAGACUUCCUUAUUGGAUAGUUUAAAGGGAAUAAUAAUUUCAGCAUGUGGGAAAUGGAGGUACAGAGAAAUAGCUGCUCUAAGUAACAUAGGAACCUCUCAUUGGUUAUGAGACCUUUCUGCCUUGUAUUCAGCAGUUCACUCUGCCUUCCUUUCCUCCAUGGUUCAUCCACAUCCGACCUUCCCUGUUGCAAAGCAGUGGCUGACUUCAGAGUCUUCUAGAAGGAGCUAGGAGGCUGAGUGUUCCUCUUCAAAAAUUGGAAGUCUCAUUAAUAAACUCUUGGUACUUCCAACCUGUUUUGAUCCCCAUUGGAUUUCUCCGUCCUUCCAGUGAAGCAUUUUGUUAACCUGAUUCGUGAACCACAUCUCACACGUGAAUAGGAAUUUACAGUUGACAAGGGAUUUUUACAAAUACUUAUUAUCUCACAGCAGCCCCAUGGAUAGCUUGGUCCCGUCAUGGUCACCUUCUUGCCAACCUGGAUCAGUUCUGAGAAAGAUCUGGGAUCAACUAGAGUGUUGUUAUCAACUGGUGAUGUCUGCCAUGGGCUCUGGGAGAAUGAAAGCAAUUAUAUGUGGUGGGGGGGGGUGUGUGCAAAAAAAUGGUAUUUGCCCUUGAUUAAAACUGAUUGGUUAAGGACGAAGAUUAGUUUCUCCAUUUCUCCUAUGAAACAGCAGCCUCUAAAAUAGAAUUCUUGCUCUUCUAAUCAAACCCAAAGGUGACUGAUGGUGGGGAUUCAGGCAUAAAGGAAAAAGAGAUAUCCAGGAAUCCAGAAAUGGGGAACAUUUGUGAGCAGAUGGGGUCCUUGCAAUGCAGGGCUCGCUCAUUCAAGGAACAUAUACUAAAGGCCUUUAAUGGACUAGGCACUGGGCUUGAGGUAGAGGAUAUGGAGAUGAAAACGACACAUUCCUAUCCCAUUCUCGAGAGACCCAGAGCCUAUUGGGGAGAUAAACCAAUACCAACUGGCACCAAUAGAGCUGGGCCCUGAGAAGCCAGGGGGCACUGAGCACUACCUUAUCUACCCUGCACUGUGCUGGCCUCAGUGGAGUUCGGAAGGCUCAUUCUGUGGGUUCGGCUGCAGGGCCACAGCCAGCAAGAGGUGUCAAGGGCCGUGGGCAGGCUCUGGGUGGAGAAGGAGGCUGGCUUCAGUUUCUGGCACUCCCUGCUUUUUCUGAACACCCAGUCCUGUUGCUUCCGAGUUUGCUUUGGUUCUUGCCCAACCUCCAGCUUCAGGUUCUCCCUUUGCUAGGAGAGGCACAGCCCCUCUCAAGAACGUGUUGUUGUUCAAGCCCCUGGCACACAGUAGGUCCUCAAUAUUGGUGAUGGUGGUUGUGAUGGGGAUGAUUAUUUACUACCAUUUGUAAGAGCCCCCUCACUUCGUGAACACUCCCAAGAGCAUGGAGGUCUGUGGCUCACGGACUGGGGAGUUUUAACAUUUGACCUCUUUGGGAUGCUUUGUUUCUCAGCUGGGGAAGGGAGACCCUGUCUCCUGGGUCCAGGGCUGUCCCCACUGCUCUAGUGACUCCAGAUUCUAAAGAUGGAGCCCGGACCCUCAACUUAAGAAUGCUUGACUGUCCCAGAGUGUGGUCAAGGCCCCUUUGGGGGCACAAACAGGCCCUGGCAGUGCCAGCAGACAUGCACAGGAUGGAAAAACUGCUCUGUGAGCCAGGGAGGGGCAGUUGCCACCGUCGCUCCCCCUGCCCCGGCAGCCCUGGCCUCACCCCCGUCUGAUACAUGAGUCAUCGAUGGGAAAGUGAGACGGGGCAAGUUCUGGCCGAGCAACUGGGAGUCCGCUGAGGCUAGGGGUGGGGAGGGGCCAAGAGGAGAAGGGAUGGGCUCAUUCUGGUCAGGGUGAGCUGGGGUUGGGAGCUGAGGCUUUGGCAAGAGUGGGCCUGUUUCAAGGGUGAGAGCAGAGGCGAGUGCAAACAGCUAGAAGUUAAAUCCCGGCAGGAUUUGAGUUGGAAUGGCCACAGGAAGCAGUGAGGGUAGAUUUACAACACAUUAUGGUAUGUAAUCUUGGAAUCUGGCCUUUCCCAGAAUUUGGGGAGGCAGAGGCACCAUAGACAGCUGUCCCAGCAGGGCCAGGGCCUGAGGACCCUGGCAAGACCAUGUGUCUGUGUGCCAGGCUGCCAAGGGGCUGCCAGGGAGCUUGGUUUGCAUCCUCCAGUCCCCCUGCACCAGUGUGCCCACCAUGGUCCAUCAGCAUGUUCCAUCUAGAAUGCAAUUCGUUCUCCUGCUUGUAUCCUCAGAGGCUUCCCCCCUGCAGUGGGAGCAAGUCCAAGCUCCUUACUAGUGUCUGCUCUCCACAGUCGUGGCUCUCUCUCUAGUGUCAUCUCCACGUCCCCCACAACUGCCAACUGCCGCCAUUCCAGCUCUGGUGAAAGCUGCCUCACACUGCCAGAACUGUGUGCCCCAACUCCUCCCAUGUCCUGGCAAACCCCUGCACAUCCUUGAAUCAUUGGCUUGGCUCUUGUGUCACCACCUCUGCAAAACCUCCCCUGACUGCUCUGCCUAUUGUCCAAGCUGUUACUGCUCUCUCCUCUAUGCGGCCAUAGCUCCUCCAUUGGUUAUGCUACGCUGCAGUUUUUGGUUUGCUUGUCUACCUGUCCCACUGGACGGUCAGCACCUGGGCUUGUCAUUUGUGUAUUCCUGGUGCCUCAGAGUACAUACUAGGUUCUUAAUAAUAAAGGCAAACGGUAUAUAGUGCUUUCACUUGCCUGAGAUUGAGCAAAGCACUGUAUAAUUAUUAAAUCAUGUAAUGCUCCAACAAUUCUGUGAGGUAGGUGCUAUCAUUAUGAUACCCAUGUUCUAAAUUAAGAAACUGAGGCCCAGAGAGGCGAAAUGACUUGUUCAGUGUCACACAGCAGCUCCUAACUGGUGAUGCCAGGAUUCCACCUAGUCAGUGGGACUCUGAUAGGUGCUCUUGACCCAACACCAAACAUUAAUUCUUACUGAAUGCAUGAAUGAAUGGGUGAACCCCCAGUUUAGCGGGAGAAAGGAGCUCCAAGGUGAGACAGUUAGCAAGGAUUAAGCACUGAGGAGGGGGAACCAUACAAAGGCAGAGAAAAGAAUGGCCUGUGAGUUGGGGAGCGGAAGGUUGAAGCAGGAGUGGAGUGCAGCUACAGGAGAGGACACGGGGAGGCUAUCCUGUGGGCUGGGAGGAUCUGUGGAGGCCCACAGGAACAAGGCCUGGGCAGGCAUGGUCUGAAGACGCAGAAGGGACCCCAGGUUGGGAAGGGGCAGAGAGAACUCCAGGGGAACAAAUGGUGCUCCAGGCUCAGAACUCUGGCCCCAGGUUGGCCCAAGAUGCUGUUUGUCUCAGGACCUGGGUGCAGAGCAGCCCCAUCCUGCAGGAACAAGGGCUGAGGGCUCAGCAGAUGAGACCCCACGUGGCAGUAGUUGUGGUCUCAGAGGCCAACAGGCAGGGUUCACCCCCUGCUAGGGUCACUGUCCACCCUGGCUUGCCAGAGACUCUACUACUUUUACCACUGAAAGUCAGUGCAUCCUGCUUCCUGGAAAUCCUCUCAGUUCCGUGCAAACCAGGAUGGUUUGUCACCCUACACCCUCCCCCAGGUUUGGGAAGGCUUGCACCCCCAUCCUGCCGAGUUCACCAGUCAGCUCUGCCCAUAGCAUUUGGCCCCUGCUACCUAUUUUAAUGCCUGUAUAUUAUUCUAUUAUAUGUACUAUUAUUUAUUCAAUAUACUGAUCCCUUAUUGUUGGACACGUAUCAUGUUCCUUCUAAUUUUUUCUGUUAUAUAUAAGUCUGUGAUGAACAUUUGCAUAUUUAAA